CACAUGCUACAACUUUUGAUUCAAUUUUUUAAAUUACUUCAGCUUAGAAUGGAUGAAUAUAAUAUAAAAUUAAGUGAUAUGCGGUGACAAUGUUUAAAUUAUUAUGAAUUUGGAAGGCAGGUAAUGUGAAUGACUGUAGUACUUUUUUAUGUAAUAGUGAAAGGAGAGCGAAAGCGUAAAAAUACGUUUCAAGAUAAUUUCAAAAAAUGGCAGAGGUUAUAGCGAAGCACACUCUUCACAGUGGUAUUUUUCAUCCUGUUUUACGGCAAUGGCAAUCGCCAAAUGUGGAAAUUACUGUUAGCAAUCUUAUGUAUCCGAUUUUCAUUUCGGACGAGCAAGAUGCUAAAGAUCCAAUUAAUAGUAUGCCUGGCGUUUAUCGGCAUGGUAUUAAUCAACUGCGUAAAAUGUUGGAACCAUUGGUGUCAAAAGGAUUACAAUCUAUAUUAUUAUUUGGAGUAUCAAAACACUUGAAGAAGGAUCAUACUGGAAGCAAUGCAGAUAGCGCCCAAAAUCCAAUUGUUCAAGCUGUACCUUUGAUAAGACAGUGGUUCCCAAAUUUAUUGAUAGCAUGUGAUGUUUGUUUAUGUCCUUACACUAUCCAUGGACAUUGUGGAAUUUUAAAUGAAGAUGGAAGCAUAAAUAAUAAAGCUAGUAUUUCAAGAAUUUCUGAAAUUGCUCUUGCUUAUGCAAAAGCGGGAGCACAAAUUGUGGCCCCGUCUGAUAUGAUGGAUGGAAGAAUAGGUGCAAUAAAACAAAAAUUGGCAGCAGCUGGAUUGUCAAAUAAAGUCGCAGUUUUAUCUUAUGCUGUGAAAUUUGCAUCAGGCUUCUAUGGACCUUUUAGAGAUGCAUCACAAUCAGCACCCAAGUUUGGAGACAGAAAAUGUUAUCAACUGCCUCCAGGAAGUAAUGGACUAGCUGCCAGAGCUGCUGCUAGAGAUGUUUCUGAAGGAGCUGAUAUGCUUAUGGUGAAACCAGGCCUGCCAUACUUGGAUGUUGUACGACAUACAAAAGAUUCACAUCCAGAGUAUCCAAUGUUUGUAUACCAAGUAUCAGGAGAAUAUGCUAUGCUUUACCAUGGCGCACAGAAUGGUGCAAUUAAUUUAGAAAAUGUGUUGAACGAAGUUCUUUUGUCUAUGAGAAGAGCAGGAGCUGAUUGUAUUAUAACAUAUUUUGCACCAUUAAUUUUGGAUAUGUUGCAACCAAAGAGCAAAUAUUAAGAUGCCAUAUAGAAUGUACUUAACAUGUAUGUAAUCAAACGUGACGUUUGUUAUUUUAAAUAAAGAUAUUAUAUUUGUGGUUAUUUCAUAAAAGACCGUACAUAAAAUAUACUGCAAA